AUGUUCCGGUUUUCUAAAGCAUUUCUACAGAAAUCAGCAAAAAUGGGUGUUGUUAAGACAGUUAUUGAGGCGGGUACCGGCGCUCAGCCUACCAAGGGCCAGACCGUCGCCAUCCAGUACACUGGAUGGCUCAAGGACACCACCAAGAAAGAUAAUAAGGGCAAGCAAUUCGACUCCUCCGUUGGCCGAGGCGACGGAAACUUCCUUACGAGGAUCGGUGUUGGCCAAGUCAUCCGGGGCUGGGACGAGGAAGUCGUCAAUAUGAAGGUUGGCGAGAAGGCCACUCUUGACAUCUCAAGUGAGGUUGAGCUCAAGAACGUCCAGUAG